AUGGAGUUGGCAGAGCCAAUUAGUAAGAUCUUACCCAAAGUCCAACAUCUUCCGUUCUUUAAGUGGCCGUCCAAGAUGAUUGGACGCCUUGAUACUAGAAGAAGGGAUAGGCGAUGUGAAUAUCACAAGGACCAUGGCCACAACACUGAUAGCUAUUAUACACUAAACGACCACCUGGAGAAGUUAGUGCAAGAUAGCCGGUUGACCCAACAUAUCCGAAAGAACAAUCCACCAAACACGGUAGCUCUAUGGCCAGAUUCACCUCCACUUGGUGUGAUUCACAUGAUAUACAUUAUGUUGCCGCCAACUCAGGUACAUACAAUCCAGCUACAACCCAGCCCAUCCCAGCCGUUUACACCAGCCAAACGGCCUCAUGAAACUGGAAAAAUCAGCUUCGACGACACCGAUCUUGAAGGGGUAACACUCCCCCAGGACGAUGCUCUUGUUGUGGAGUUGCGCAUACACAGAUUCGUCGUCGAACGCGUUCUAAUCGAUCAAGGGAGCACCUUGGAGAUAAUUUAUUACAAAACAUUUCUUAAACUCAGCUUCACCGAUUCGGACUUGUUUGCUUAUUAUCCGUUGUUCGGCUUUAAUGCCAACCCCGAGUAUCCUUUGGGCAAGAUCACAUUACUGGUCUGUGCAAGCACCAUGUCAGUUGAUGUGGAGUUUCUAGUCGUCAAACUUUCAUCACCAUACAAUCUCAUCAUGGAGAGAUCCUGGUUGCACGCAAUGCAGGCUGUACCAAGUACCUACCAUCAAUUACUCCAUUUUCCAAUGUAA